ACCUGGUUCUCGGUCCUCCUUAUCAACAUGGUCAUCACAGUUUAUUCAAUUCAAAGGUCUUGUUGUGAAACAGACAAUAUGGAACUUUAGAUGACCUGGAGCCAUUCCAGCAACAGCCGGGGUGAAGGCCCAUUCCUGGAAGCUGGUAAAUUAUGAAGCAACAGUGACCCAGCUGAUAUAGGCUAUAUAAAUACAACCACUCUGCAACACAAACCAUUCGACACACAGAACAACCUUAAGUUGGUAUCUUCUUUUCAACGUCAACUUGUCAAAGAUGAGGAUGUUAAGCGUUGCAGUUGCCGUCAUGCUUGCCUUUAUUUGCCUUCAGGAGAACUCUGCUGCCCCUGUCACAGAGCUGGAGGAGCCAAUGGCCCAAGGUUUUCCACCUGCUGUUAAUCCAGAUAUGCCUAUUGACUCGUUGAAGCUGCAGAUUUACAACAGGCAGAAGCGUGAAACCAGCGCAAUGGAAUGCAAGGGCUGCUGCAAUACGAACCCCGAUGGUAGCAUCUCUUGUGGUAUCUGCUGCUCAUUCUGAGGAUCUCUGCAUCACUAAGAUAUUCAUCAACAACCAGUCAAUGCUUAUUUUCUUCUCUUGUGGAUGAAAGCACAACUCGUAUUGAUGUAUAUUUCAUGCAACAGAUAAAAAGUUUGUGAUAGUUAUACACUGAAGUAGAGUUUUCUUCUCUCAACUGUGUCUUUAUUCUUUGCUCACAUUCACGUGUAAAUAAUCAUAUUGCUUCACAUGCAUAUAAACUGAUACAAACAUUCUGCUUAUUAUAGUCUGCUUCUUUUGCAGAAGGCAGAGCUGCUUGUGCAUAAAAAAUAAAGAAUGUUGUCAUUUGUGAUGUUCUAACACUUGUAGGGUUUCAAAUUGAAGGCAAAGUUGUACCACAAAAGAUAAGACUGAAGCAUAAUAGAUAUGUAUCUGUACAAUGAAGCAGGGUUUUCAGUUAUGAGGGGAACUUCAGGGUUAGCUCCCAGUUUUCAGCACGAUGUAGGUGGUUCACUUUCUUCUGCUGAACUGUGUCCUUGCUUGGGAGCAGGUUGUGUUCAGGAGAAGAGAUCAGUUUGUGAUAAAACAUAUCCCUUACUUAACUAAUAAUAACUGUCAACAGAGCUACAGAGCCUUGUAGUUGUGGGACAUGUGAGAUGUAAAAUUACUCAUAUCCUAUUUAUCACUUUGAAUUAUGUUUUCAUAUCAUUGUAUC